GUAUUCAAAAAAGAUAAGGGAGUUCAAACGUUCAAUGUAGUUUUAGAAAUAACACAGUAAACAUGUAUCCUAGCAAUAAAAUCAUUCAGACAUUAACAAGAUUUCUAAAAGGAACAAACUUGAAUGCACGAAAAAAAUUACACAUUCAUCAUAAUUUGGCAGCAAGAGUGGCCUUCAAUCUGUCAGAUAUAGGAGAAGGAAUCAAGGAGGUUGUAGUGAAAGAAUGGUACGUCAAAGUGGGAGAUAAAGUGUCACAAUUCGACAAUAUUUGUGAAGUGCAAAGUGACAAAGCCUCGGUGACUAUAACCAGCAGGUAUGAUGGAGCCAUUGCCAAACUACACUAUGAAGUAGAUGGAAUUGCAUUAGUAGGAAAACCACUAGUCGAUAUCGAAACUGAUGACGUGCAAGAGGUUGUGAAUGUCGAUGUACCAAAACAGCAAGUCAGUGAAAGUGUACCUCAAGAUGUGGAAACAAAAAUCGAGAAGGAAGAAGUGAACACAGCACCAGAUAGCAAUGAAGCUCUCAGCAUUCCCUCAGUAAGACGCCUAGCCAAAGAACAUAAUCUAGAUUUAGCACAAAUCCCAGGUACUGGUAAAAAUGGCAGGAUUCUCAAGGAAGACGUCCUCAAAUUCAUGGAACAACUUGCCACACCUGCCAAAAUCGCUCCUGCAGGUGACAGAAUCGAGCCGAUCAAAGGUUUCAAGAGAGCCAUGGUGAAAACCAUGACAGAAUCCAUGAAGAUACCGCAUUUCGUGUACAGUGACGAAAUAACAGUGACAGAACUGUCCAAGGUGCGGAACAUUCUCAAAAAUGCCCACCAAACGAAAAUCUCCUUCGUACCGUUCUUCAUCAAAGCAGUGUCGAACGCUUUGCACCAUUUUCCGAUACUCAACGCCUCCGUGGAUGUCACCUGCGACAACAUUUUGUACCACGACUCGCACAACAUAGGCGUCGCCAUGGAUACGGCCGUAGGCUUAGCCGUACCUGUGAUAAAGAACGUCGCAGCUCUCACGAUCGUCGAAAUAGACCGGGAACUUCAACGGCUGAUAAAGACCGGCAAAACGGGCAACUUUUCGCCGGGCGAUCUGUCAGGCUGCACGUUCAGCGUGUCGAAUAUAGGCUCUAUAGGUGGUACCUACAUGAAACCGUUGAUACUACCUCCGCAAGUGGCUAUACUGGCUGUCGGCAGUUCGCAGGUGUUGCCUAGGUUCGAUGAACUAGGCAACGUUAAAGGCGAAGAGAUCCUCAACGUCAGCGGAUCGGCGGACCACAGAGUCAUAGAUGGCGCUACGAUGGCCAGGUUUGUCAAGGCACUGAAGAGGCAGCUCGAAAAUCCGUAUUUAUUGUUUCUGAAUCUCUGAAUAAAUAUUGAAUAGAAUACCAUUUUAUGAU